AUGUCAGGCAAUUCCAGCGUCGGAAACAGCUCGGUCUACGAGGCGGGCGACCAGCGCAACUACAAGCAAUCAGAGAACCAGCCCGAGAGGUUCCACGAGGGCAAGGAGAACAGCCAUCUCGCUCUUGACUCCAAGGACGAGCGCUCCAUCGCCAACAAGCUCGCUCGCGAAGAGCAGCGCAGCGAGGAGGCCAACCUCAGUGAGGAGGCCCGCUUGGGACAGGAGGACGCUACUCUUCCCGCACGCGCACACGGCAACGAGCCCAGCAGGGGCGCUAAGAUCGACCAGGAGCUCAGGGAAGAAGAGGAGGAGUACCUCCGCAACAAGGGAAAGAAAUAG